AUGGGUGAUCAAGCUCAGACUUGCUUAUCCAAGCAGCUGUCGGACUUGGCUGUCCAAUGGGUGGUCGGACUCACUGGUCAGAUCCCCAUGUCCAACCAGAUGUUGGACACCUCUGCUCGACGGGUCCUCAAGCAGCUCAGUCUGACCACCGUUGGACUUGCUCAACCGUGCUUUAGUCGGACAGCGUGGCUCAAGCUUUACUCAGACAGCCUUGUCUGA